GCCAGGGCUGCACCAUGGUGGUGGGCAGCGACGGCCGCUACUUCAGCAAGACGGCCAUCGAGAUCGUCGUCCAGAUGGCCGCGGCCAACGGGAUCGGCAGAUUGGUUAUUGGGCAGAAUGGUAUCUUAUCCACACCUGCUGUUUCGUGUAUUAUUCGAAAGAUAAAAGCAGCUGGUGGGAUUAUUCUAACAGCCAGCCACAGUCCUGGGGGACCUGGAGGAGAGUUUGGAGUUAAAUUUGAGGUUGCAAAUGGAGGACCUGCUCCAGAUGUAGUUUCAGAUAAGAUUUAUCAAAUCAGCAAAACCUUGGAGGAAUAUGCCAUUUGUCCUGAUCUCAGAGUUGAUUUAUCUCGCUUAGGAAGACAAGAGUUUGAUCUGGAGAACAAAUUCAAACCUUUCCGAGUGGAAAUUGUUGAUUCUGUGGAUAUCUACCUCAAUCUCCUUCGAAAUAUCUUUGAUUUCAAUGCAAUCAGAAAUUUGCUGACUGGACCCAACCAGAUCAAAAUAAGGAUUGAUGCCAUGAAUGGAGUUAUGGGACCUUAUGUGAGAAGAAUCCUCUGUGAUGAAUUAGGAGCUCCUGCCAAUUCUGCUAUAAACUGUAUUCCUCUGGAGGAUUUUGGUGGACAGCGUCCUGAUCCCAAUUUAACAUAUGCAACUGCCUUGCUGGAGGCUAUGAGAGGUGGAGAGUAUGGGUUUGGAGCUGCUUUUGAUGCUGAUGGAGUAAGUAUUCUGAUCGGUGUGGAAGUUUCACCUUAGGUAUUGUUUUGUCUGCUGUCUGGUGUUGGACAUGUAAGU